AUGGAAGGCCUGGGAAGCGAUUUAGCGAGGAGUGCCUCGACACAGAGAAGCGGUGAUUCCAGUGACGGAAACGCUUCCUGUUCGUUUAUCGCCGUUUCUUAUGCUGAGGCCGAGCAACAGGAGGCGUGUAAAAAGUUCGAGGACAUCAGCGCGUUAGCAAAGACUGAACUGAAGGACCUGAAGAAGCGUCGAGUGUUAGCGUUCAAGAAGAACCUCGCUGAUCUGGCUGAUCUCGAGAUCAAACAUGCCAAGGCAAAAGGAAAAGAUGCCAGUGGUCGAUGGCAUGUUGAAGAGCGCCACUAG